GUCAGUGGUAGAGUUUAGUAAUGCCUGUGAUAGGUACUGGACGUAGACGUGUUUAAGUUCUCAACUGGUGGCAGUUAAAGAACUCGUUUAUAUAUUUAAAUUGAUUGCAGCUGUUAUUACUGUUUAAAUAUUUAGCAAAAUGUUGCAUUUGACCAACGCAUUUGUGAUUACAUUGCUUGCGAUUUUUUACACUGUACCCAACAUUUCCGCGAUUACUUAUGGUCGCUGCGUCUCACCUUUCAAUGGCAACGGAACCUGUGUGCAGUUAAUCGAGUGUCAAUUUAUUGUGGACAUCAUUUCUGGGUCUUUGAAUGCCGAAAAUGAGGAAAAACUUCGGAAAAGUCAAUGUGGCUACGACAACACUUUCAAAGAUAAUUCGCACAGAAUUGUGGUUUGUUGUCCAGAUAAACACUUGAAAGAGCCAACUCCACAUGUAAGAACCGAUAGUCAAGAGAGCCCUGGAAAUGUUUUACCCUUUGCUGGUGAAUGCGGCAGUUCGAUUACAGACUUUAUAUAUGGCGGUAAUAAGACACGUAUUUUAGACUAUCCAUGGAUGGCCUUACUUCAAUAUAGAACACGUAAUAAUGAACUUGACUUUCUUUGCGGUGGCAGUUUAAUCAAUUCCCGUUAUGUGCUCACGGCCGCGCAUUGCAUAAGUCGAAGCAAUUCGAACAAUGAACCAGUCUUGCAUAGUGUUCGAUUGGGUGAAUGGGACAUCAGGACCAAUCCUGACUGUGAGGUGGACAUAAGCGGCAAGAAGUCUUGCGCACCGCCAUUCAUCGAAUUGGGCGUAGAAAAGGCAAUAGCACAUCCCAACUACAUAAGCAGCUCAAAUGAGCAGUACUACGACAUAGCUUUACUGCGUCUGGAGCAAAGUGUGACAUAUACCGAUUUCAUACGUCCGAUCUGUUUGCCGGCGUCUACCGAGUUGUGUAACAGCAUGUUCGUGAACAGCACAAUGGAAGUGGCUGGCUGGGGAGCCACAAAUAAACCCAAAGCCGCCUCAUCGCCAGUGAAACUGGCUAUUAGUGUGGGGAUCUGGGAGACGGAUAAGUGUCAAAUCAUUUAUAGGUCGUCCAAUCGCUUAAUCAAUGGCACGCACCAAUUGUGCGCUGGUGGCGUAAGUGGAAUCGAUUCGUGUAGGGGCGAUUCUGGUGGACCAUUGAUGAUGCCUGAGUUAAUAAAUAAUCGCUUUAUUUACUUUGUGGCAGGCGUUAUUUCCUUUGGUCCAAAACCAUGUGGUUAUAACGGCUGGCCUGGUGUUUAUGCGCGCGUAGGCAACUACGUGGAAUGGAUAAAGGGUGCCAUCGAGCCCUAACAGCAGAACAGAUUGUAUAUUUUUAAUUAUUAAAAAAAUAUCAUAUUAUGUAGACAUUUCAUUGUUAUUUCUUGAAGUUUAAAAUAAAAUAUGUAAAUAAUUUGGAGUUU